GUGCUGACCUUAAAGAAAGAGCAAAAAUGCACUCAAGUGAAGUUAGUUCGUUUGUCUCAAAAGCAAGAGCAACUAUUAAUGAAAUGGCUAAUCUGCCCGUACCUACUAUUGCUGCAAUAGAUGGAACUGCAUUAGGUGGUGGCCUAGAACUUGCAUUAGCCUGUGAUAUAAGAGUGGCAGCCUCUUCUGCUAAAAUGGGCCUAGUUGAAACAAAGUUGGCAAUCAUUCCAGGUGCAGGGGGCACACAGAGAUUACCUCGCACAAUUGGAGUGUCUUUGGCAAAAGAACUAAUCUUCUCGGCACGUAUUGUAGAUGGUGAGGAAGCAAAAUCAAUAGGAUUGAUUAGCCAUGUGGUAGAACAGAAUGAAGCAGGGGAUGCUGCAUACAGAAGAGCAUUAGCUCUGGCAAGAGAAUUUUUACCUCAGGGACCAGUAGCAAUGAGAGUUGCAAAACUGGCCAUCAAUCAGGGUAUGGAGGUCGACUUAGUAACAGGUUUAGCAAUUGAAGAAGCUUGUUACGCUCAGACUAUUCCAACAAAAGAUAGAAUUGAAGGUCUUCUUGCAUUUAAAGAGAAGAGAACUCCUCGCUACAAGGGAGAAUAAAAGAAGCUGAUGCCUUUAAAAUACAGGGGGAUAAAAAUACUGCUCUGAGGACCAUUAAGGUGCACUUUGCUUCCGCACCUGGAAUAUCACAACCACCAAAGUAAAAGCAAAUCAUACUGAUGUUACAACAUCUUCAAUGUGUCCAUACUUGUCCUGGGCCCAGAUAGAAAUGUGUGACAACUCAUGCUCAUGACAGUUUCUGAAGGUUGAUCUGUGUAUUGGCAAGGUCUCAGGUUCAUGCAGCAUUUUUAAAAUUUCACAUGUAUGGAACGUACCAUUCCACAAUUCAAAAAGCUCUGUAAAUUCUUUAUAUAGACAAAAACUAAAUGUGAUGUUACAUAUAAAUCUGCUGUAUCAUUUUAUCAAAAUAAAUGCGACUACUUAACACCAAAAAUAAGAAAUUGUACCAAAUAUGCAUUAAGAUGAUUCUGUAUAUCAGCAAAAAUUAUGUUUGAGUAUUCUACCUGAAUAUGUACAUUAUUAAUAAAGCUAAGGAAAAGGAAAAGGAUUAUU